AUGAUUCAAAACAUAGUUUGUCGCGUUUGUGGGGGUCGGUCAACAGGCUUUCAUUUCGAUGUGAUAACAUGUGAAUCGUGUAAAUCGUUUUUCCGGAGGAAUGCCCUGACAAAUGCGACUCGAUUUGUAUGCUAUUUGGGAGCGAAUUGUAGAAUAGAUUUGGAGAACAGAAAUAAAUGCAAGAAAUGUCGUUUAGAUAAGUGUUUUGCCGUCGGAAUGAAAACUAACUUAUUGUAUUCCGAUGAACAAAAACAAUUGAGAAAAUCUAUUAUAGAAAGUAAUAGAAAACUAAAAGCAAAUGAAAUGACAGAAACUAAUGACGAAAGUGUCUCUUCAACUCCCAGUCUAUCACUGCAAACAGUCAAUGAUAUUAUUAUGGAUGAGAUGUGUAACCAUGAAAGUGAGACCUCAUCAGACGUGUCAACAGAUAAUAGUUUUAGUGACCUCUCGAUCAAUAAAAAUGCAUAUGAUUUGGAUCUGUCGGUCAUACCUGUUACGAAGCCUAUCACUGAUUAUAGCAAUCAAUUCAAUGAAUUAGAGGGCAAUAAAUUGACGGAACUGUUGGAUGCUUUGAAAAUUAUGAUCUUUCCGACGGCUACUAGUGCUGAGAAUAUAGCCCUCAAUUCAUUUGUAAAUACAAUUAAUGUAAUAAUUAUGGCACAUGAGAAUGAGAUCAAGAAAAUCAUACAAAUGUCUAAAUGUUUGACAACAUUUAACAAUUUAUGUGAUCAUGAUCAAUUGAUUUUAAUUAAGCACGGUGCUAUUGAAAUAAGUAUAUUACGGAUGAUUUGUAACUUUAAUUUUGAAGACAAAUACUGGAGUAUAAAAACUAAUGAUCACAAUUAUAUAAUAAAACUGGACUUUUUCGGAUCGGCACCCAUUGUUUCAAUGGGACUCACACAUUAUAAUAAUCACAAAAGGUUUCUGGAAAAUAUGGGACUCGACUGGGAUUCAGACACUCUUAUUAUAGACUUGUUGACUGCGAUCGUACUGUUUAAUCCUAAUCGACCACAGCUUAUGCAUAAAAAUAUGAUCAAGUAA